AUGAUUGUCUUGACGCUCUUCCGGCGUGCGCAGCCUGCUGGCAGGCGUCUAUCUGCCAGAAGUAAAGCUUGUGUGGCAUUGCCGGCUGCCCGGACGACAAUACGGCUCUACAGCCAGGCCGCUGCCCACGAUCACCCCCGUCUCGAGGACAUCCGGAACAUUGGCAUAAUCGCACAUGUUGAUGCAGGCAAAACCACUACCACAGAGCGGAUGCUCUACUACAGCGGCGUCACUCAAAGGGUCGGAGAUGUCGACUCCGGCAACACUGUCACCGAUUUUCUCGAACUUGAGAGGGAGCGCGGCAUCACCAUUCAGUCUGCAGCCAUCACCUUUCACUGGCCACGGGCACAGGACUGUCCCGCGGGAACGCAUCCCAAGACAGUCAACCUGAUCGACACCCCUGGCCAUCAGGACUUCAGGUUCGAAGUCGACAGGUGUCUCCCAAUCCUCGACGGUGCAGUCUGUAUCAUCGACUCCGUCAAGGGUGUCGAGGCGCACACUGAGCGCGUCUGGGCGUCUGCUCAUGAGUUCAAGAUCCCCCGCAUCGCCUACUGCAACAAGCUGGACCGCGAGGGGGCCUCGUUCAAGAAGUCUGUCUUGGAGAUCGGCACUCGCCUUAAGGGCUGGCCGCUCGUCUGCCAGAUACCAUGGUGGGAGAAGGAUGAGUUUGUGGGUGUCAUCGACGUCAUCAGCCGAGUGGGCUACCGCUGGAAGUCGGAAAGACAAAAGAUUCGAUAUACGCCAGAAGAGUUGAGAGACGCUCUUGCUACGUCGAAUCCUGCACUUAUCAAGGAGCUGGACUUGGCAAGGCAGCGGUUGAUAGAGGGCCUGGCGGACUUCGACGAAGCCGUCAUGGACGAGUUUUUGGCGGAGAAUACGGACAUGACCGCAUCGUUUCUGAAGCAGGCCGUCCGAAGAGCAAUCCAGAAUGGCGAUGGGAGGGUCAUCCCGGUGUUUGCCGGGUCCAGCUUCAAGCAUAUCGGCGUUGAGCCAUUGAUGGAUGCCAUUACCAACUAUUUACCAAACCCGUCGGAGAGACCCGACGUCGAAGUGCGGGUUGGCUCUACAAAGCACCAUAUGGAGCAAUUCCUUAACGAAAAGCACAAAAAGGGAGCGCGAAGCAACGUUGCUUCCGUCGCUGCCGUCUUCAAGGUCUUCAACCAUCCGAAGGAGGGCGUCAUCAGCUUUGUGCGCGUCUACCACGGCACUUUGAUGCGCAAUGCGGCCAGCUUCAACACCAAUCUGAUGACCCAGGAGCGACCUAUGGGCAUCCUUCAAAUCUCGGCCUCGAAAACGCACGAUAUCCCGGAGCUUGCCGUGGGCCAGAUUGGAGCACUGCGAGGGCUAAAGCAGGCACGGACCGGAGACACGCUGAUCACGACAACAAACGGCAAGGCUGUUGCCGAGGGCUUCCGCCACAUGCAGAUCCGCCCGCCCGAGAUCCCUCCUCCCGUCGCGUUCUUGCAAGUCGAUCCCUACGGAAAUGUCGCUGCGCAACAGCUACAGACAGCCCUUGAGAACGCAUCUCGGGAGGACCCGAGCCUGCGGUGGAGUCGCAACCCCAAGACGGAGCAGUUUACAAUCCAGGGCAUGGGGAAACUCCACUUGGACGUCUCCCUGUACAACAUGCGGCAGAAGCACAAGAUUGAUGCCGACUUUGGCCAAAUCGAGGUGGACUACAAGGAAUGCGUCAUGGCACCCACACAACCGCACUAUGUGGUGUUCGAUCGGCCAAUUGCCAGCAAGCCUGGCAAAGUCGCUUGUACGGCAACCUUGGAGCCCAUGGAGGACUAUGACAUCAGGAGCCUGUUGGAGUCGGGUGUCGAGAGAGAUGGCAACGUCUUCCAGAUCAACAUUCCCGCUCCCGAGGGCGAGGAUGCUCUCCCAUUUGAUGUGGAAGAGGCGAGGCACCAGCUACUGAACGGAGCCAUUGCAGGGCUCGCCCGGGGUCCCCGUCGGGCAUCACCGAUGAACAAUUGUCUCGUCAAGGUCGAGCUCGACAGUUCCGAGGGCGCGCUGGAGAGCCCCACGGGCGGCCACUUCAGCAGCGCUGCACGGACGGCCGUGCAGGCCGCCCUGCGAGACGCGUUCGAGAAGCACCAAAUUGGGGUCCUCGAGCCGAUAAUGCUCGCGCACAUUACCUGCCCCGAGGCGGCGGCGGGCAGCGUGCAGCACGACAUCACAGCCGGCGCCGGUGGUCACAUACUCGAGGUGACGGAUCGCACAGCCGAGUCGUCAUCGGCAUCGGGCGAAGUCGAGCUGGUCGACGCGUCCAAGAUUUACGCGCCCCCAGACCCCUACGAGUCGGUGACCUCGCUACGAGGGAAGAAAUCGACAACGCGUAUGGUGGAGAUCGUGGCCAAGGUGCCGUACAAGGAGAUGCUCGACUACGACGACCACCUGCGCAGCAAGACUGCCGGACGGCAUUCAAUGACGAUGUCCUUUGAUUCAUUUGCAAGAGUUGUUGGACACCGAGAAAGGGGGCUUUGA